CCUUGCCGCACUGGGGCUAGUCAGGUUCUCGGUUGUCACCAACUUGGGGAGGGUCUCGCUCAGACUGCGGGUUGCGCCGUGCCGCCCCUCAGCCCCAAGCGAGAGCCGCCCGCCGCCUCAACUUCUCGUAAACGGUCAAACAAAGUCUUCCCACCCGCGUCGGAUUCGCAAAGGCAACCGCGUCAAACUUGGGUCAGAUGGUCUGUUGACGGCUUGCAAAAUCGACAUGGCCGUCGACCUGAUGCUUCGGGGCGCGCGCGUGCUCUUCGCGGCCCUCCGACUUCUCGCUCUUGCCGUUGUCACUCGUUUGAAUCGCAGAUUUCUCCAUGGCAUCGUCACUCGCUUCGCUUGCCGCUCCUUCGUCUUUUCUGUCGCAGCUGUCUCGACCCUCAGCGCCAAAGCAGUGCACAUCUACGCCCACCACACAGCACUAAACGCAACCGACCUGCUCUUCUGGGGCUUUUCCUUCUUCACCCAAGACACGACAUUCCUGCUCCUUGUGCGACUCCUGCUCGACGAAAAACUCGCUGCGAAUCGACGCUGGCUCCGCGUGCUUGGCGUGACUCUGGCGACUAUUCUCGCUACUGUUACCUACAGCCUGGCAUCGGCGAACAUCUCAUUCUUCGCCGUAGCGGGCUCCGAGGUUCACUGGCGCAACAUUGGCUUCGUUGGCGACAAAUCCUCGCGCAAGGUGCUGCUCUCCGGGCUGGCAUCGUCGAUCCUCGUCGGCGUCGCCUUGAUUGCCCUGAGCUGGAUUGUGCAGGACUACUUGUUUGCCGCUGCCAGCCUUGCCCAGACCCUUGUCGCGUGGCCUUUUACUCGUCUUCUCUCCCUCAUUCGACGUUUCCUACCGACCGGCCCGAAAUAUACCUACCUCCAACAUCGUGAUGAUGACGACGAUCAGGAUCUUGAGUUGAAGGGCGAGCUUGACCACGAGGGCGAUGCUCUGCCAUCCAGCUCGAGGUGGCCAAAGAUCGCUCUUGGCGCUGUAAUCAUUGUGCAAGUGCUUUCGUCCAUCAUCCGGCCCGGGGAAAGCUCUUUGGUGUUCUUGUCAUGGACCAUGAUAUUGCUUCCGUGGGUCGAUUACGCCCACUCCUCACCAAGUCUCGCCGGCCUGCUCCCAUUCUACGGAAACGGCAUUAAUCGCCAUUGGGAUGACCGCACGGCGCUUACGAAACCGCCACCGUUUUCUUGGCUUCCCAAGGAGGGGCCAGUUGCCGGCUUCGAGGACUGGUAUUCUCCGAACAGUGAACACUACAGCGCAGCGAAGGAUCCGCUCAAGAUCUCGAAUCUCGAAGACUCUCUGCUACCACAGCUCCGUGGACAGCUAGCGGGCAUCAACAUCCGCCAUGUGCUACUGUUGAAGCUCGAAAGCACCAGAAAGGACGUUUUUCCAAUCAAGAAGAACGGCUUCAUCUGGAACAAGUUCGCCAACACCUUCCCGGACAAGAAAUUGUCUAAGAAGGCUGAGGAGAGACUCGCAACGCUGACGAAGACUGCCAACUUCCUAACCGGGGAUUACAAUGAUGGCUUUGAGCACAAGGAGAAAAAGCGGCGCGGUGGCAUCAGCUUCAACAAUGCCUAUACGACAGCGACUUAUACUCUAAAGAGUAUGACUGGGACACUUUGUGGCAUCACCCCUCUUGUUGCCGACUUCAAUGUCGAGUAUCAGAACCACAUCUACCAGCCUUGCCUGCCUCAAAUCCUUGAUGUGUUCAAUACGCUUGAGGGAGCCAACUCCACGAGUGACUUCACCUCCUUGAAAUGGAGAUCCAGCAUGAUUCAGUCCAUCACCGAUACCUACGAUAAACAGCACGAGCAGAUGCCCUUCCUUGGCUACAAACCAGAGAACUUUGUCUACAAGGAGUAUCUACAGAGCAAAGAUGCGAAGUUCGGCGCCGUGAAACUGCCCGAGAUCAAUUAUUACGGCAUGGCCGAAAUCGCCGUUGAGGACUACAUGCGAGACGCGUUUGUAAUGGCGCGAGAGAAGAACGAACGGGUUUUCCUAUCACAUUUCACGAGCACAACACAUCAUCCAUUCGCAAUCCCCGAAGAAGAGGAGUACGUCGAGCUUUCGAACGAUGGUCUCGGAGAUCUAUCACACUACGUCAACUCCGUUGGGUACGUCGACCGCUGGCUGAAUCGCAUCAUGGGCAUCCUCGACGAACAGCAUGUCGCAAACGAGACGCUGGUUAUUCUGGUGGGAGACCAUGGAAUCUCCGUAGCGGAGAAUAACGGCGUGACGCCCUACUUUAACCCGAAUAUUGGCAACUUCCACGUGCCGUUAGUCAUCUCCCACCCUGACUUGCCGCAUAUCGACAUCGAUGAUGCAGUCGAGUCAUUGCAGAUUCUUCCAACUAUCUUGGAUGUGCUUCUCGAGACGGGGUCGUUGUCGCAUGCGCAAACCAAGGCUGCCGAGGAUCUGAUCCGCAACUACGAGGGCCAGUCUCUUAUCCGACCCCUGCGAAAGGUUUCCGACGAGCAGUCAGGAAGCCAUGGGUACUGGCAGUUCACAGUCAUGAACCCAGGUCGUGCCAUGCUCGCCGUGCGCGAUGCCCGCGACUCGAAUCGGCGAUUGGUGGUGCCGGUGGUUGAGAAUGUGGAGUGGCGGUAUACGGACCUCGGCCCAGACCCGCACGAGGAGAACCCGACAGUUGCAUUCGACUUCUUCUCAUGCUUGCAAAAGAUCAAGGAGAAGCAUGGUAUCGAGUCGGCGAAGUGGGCGGAAGAGGCUGCUUUCAUGGCGCGCUGGUGGGUGGAGGAGAACAGGAAACGAUAUAGAUACGACUCGGCAUAUAUCCAGAACAACUAAUAGAUCUCUGGUUUAGCGUUGUAUUAUAUACAUUCAUUUAUGUCGUUAAUCCAAUUAAAAAAAAUGCGCUCGUGUAA